AUGAACUUCAGCCUUCUGCUGACAUCUCUUGCGACUCUGUUUACGCUGUCUUCUGGUCAGGAGGAUGGUACCUUUCGUGAGGAGUAUGCAGAGUAUGCCACGACACUGAGGGAAGAUCUUCUCCGCCGCUACGACGCCGCCGUGCCUCCGCGAAGCAGGCGUGACGUGAACUACAGCAAAGCCGGGACCGAUGUCGCUAUGGAGAUUCGUAUGUUCAAGGUCGAGGGCGUGGAUUCCUCGCGGGGGCAGAUGCGCCUGAAGGUCUGGGUGCGGCUGGCUUGGAAUGACUUGCGGCUCAGCUGGGACCCGGCUGCCUACGGGAACAUUACGCAGAUCAAUUUCCGCAGUCUGCCGCCCACACAGGGGACAGAAAUCUGGACACCAGAUGUACAGCUCUACAAUGCCAAUGUUGGCAAUGCAGCGACCCUCGACAACUCGUUGGCCACGGCUUAUUCGGAUGGUUCCAUUUUUUGGAGCCGCCCUGGCAUCCUGGACACGCUCUGCAAGUUUAGCGGACUGGUUGCCUUUCCCUUCGACAGCCUCUCCUGUUCCAUGGAGUGGGGUGGCUGGAGUUGGUCCGGCGGAUUUCAGGGAAUUCUCCUCCGAGGGGCUGGGUAUUCGGAAUCCACGCAAGAAGAUACCGCCGGGUCUUCUUACCAGGAGUACAGUAUUGCUGAAGUCAGUGUCGACUUGAAAACCAACUUCUACGACACAUUUCCAAGCGAACCUUGGACACUGGUGAAGUAUACGGUGAGGCUUGGCCGUGCGUCUUUUUACUACACAUUGCUGAUCAUUCUACCAACCGUUCUGCUUACCUUCCUCUCCUUUGGCGUGUUCUUCAUGUCCCACGAGGUGGGGGAGCGGCUAUCCUUCGGCAUCACGCUGGUUUUGGUUAUCGAAGUGAUGAAAACGACGGCGGCCUCCUUCGUGCCAGUCUGCGGAGAGCUUCUUUGGAUCGACCUCUUCAUGCUGGUGAGUACGGUGUUUUGCUGCGCGAGCUUGCUGGAAACCAUGGCCAUCUUAUUCCUGGCCUUUCAUGUGGAGAAGCACGUCCUCCCAAGUUGGCUUGCAUGGAUCGCGCCUUGGUUUCUGUGCCGAUCUGACUCGGAUAUCCUGGUAGAGUCAAAGGCAGGCAGAAUCUAUCGCCAGCUCAAUCGGGAAAACUCCAACAGGCUCCACGAGAAUAAAGCCAACUUCCAGAAGGGUGCCAAGAUGGAGGAGCUCUUGGCGCGGCAGUUCUCCGAGACAGACACAGAACGCCUAAUCUUCUUUGAGAACCUCUUCUACUUGCUGGACUCCGACUCAAAUGGGUUGAUCACCACAGAGGAAGCCGCCACCAUGCUCAGCUUCGUGAACCUCAGCCUGUCUCGGACGGCCUUGGAGGACAUCUUGAUGGAAGCCUGGGAGCCCAAGCGGCUCUUCGACUGUGGCGACUUCCUGGAGAUUUGUGUGGAGCUGAUGUGGACGAUUCCCUUCAAGGAGAUCAAGCUCGGAGCGGAAAAUUACAUGAGUUCCCAAAGCCGCCACGCCAAGCGCUGCCACACGUACUGGCUGAAGUGGUCCAAGGCCGUCGACAAGUGGUCUCGUUUUUGGCUGCCGCUUCUCUACACCAUCUCCCUCGGCUUUCUCUUGAAUCUGGAGCUCUCGGAUGAGUAUGGAACCGGCUCAGCGGCAGGCGCCAAAAUGUUCGAAGGUUUUGGCUUGGUAUCUAUGUCCACGCCUGGCCUUCUUUCAGCAUUGAUUACUCCGGCUAUCGGCCUGGUCUCCAUUCUCACUUGGGUGCAGAUGCGCCAUGUCGCCCAGAAGUGGAAGGCACAGCAGAAGGCAGCCAUGAAAAUCCUCGACACGGUUGCAGACAACACGCGCGCAAGGCCACGUUGGACGGUGAGGUCUGCCGACCUCCAGAACUUCCGCAACCAGGAUCUAGAGUCAGAGGAGGCGAGCAACGACGACAUGUGUACGGCCACCUUCCAAGAUGAUGACGCCGUCCGAGAGAGUCUGGGUGAUGUGGAGAUGUCGCACAGUGCGACGAUGCUGUCCCCCAGAUCAAAGACCAAAGCUUGCCACGAGUGGGAACAAAUCGCACGAUACAUGUCCAAAGCCCCAGCCUAG